AUGGACUUGUUGCUGGUUUCAAGAUUGCAAGCUGAGAGGGAUCUUAGAGCGUCAUUGGAAGUUGGAUUGAGUAUGUCUUCAGGACAGUUUUCCAGUUCACGCGGCAUGGAUUCCAAGCCCAAUCGAGAUGAUGAAUAUGCAAGAAUUGAGGUAGCAGGAGGGAAGGUGAUCCAGGGGAAUGGUCAUCGUGUAUUUGGUGUCCUUGCAAUGUCACGAUCUAUUGUAUUGCUUGAGUGGAUAGAGCUCUCAGUUUUUGGAACAUUGCCACACCCUAGAUGUGGCCACAGUGCUACCAUGGUUGAAAAAAGGCUGCUUGUUUAUGGUGGCAGAGGAGGAGGUGGACCGAUCAUGGGUGAUUUAUGGGCCUUAAAGGGCCUUAUUGAAGAAGUUCGGUUAUUUACUUGUAGUUUUUAUAUGUUGUGGAGGGAAGAAAAUGAAGCUCCUGGGUGGACUCCAUUAAAGCUUCCGGGUCAAGCUCCUUCUCCUCGUUGUGGCCAUACUGUUGUCUCUGGAGGACACUAUUUAUUGAUGUUUGGAGGGCAUGGGAUUGGUGGAUGGUUGAGUCGCUACGACAUCUAUUAUAAUGAUUGCAUUAUUUUAGACAGAGUUUCGGCACAAUGGACGCGGCUACCCAUUGGCAACGAACCCCCUCCUACACGAGCAUACCACUCUAUGACAGUAAUUGGUUCGCGGUAUCUUCUAACAGGUGGCUUUGAUGGAAAAUCAACAUAUGGUGAUCCAUGGUGGUUGGUCCCUAAAGGUUAA